GGGCACGCCGCGGCCACCCACCCGAAUUCCCGACGCCCCGCCACGACGAUUUGAGCAGAAGAAACAGAAAUAGCAACCGAUCAAAAUCAGAUCGGAGCCGUUUUUAUUCCUAAAAAAGAGAGCCAUGAUCACAACCUACUCGCCGCGGUGGGCUUCCUCCUCGUCUCCCAGAUAAGGAUUUGCGCUUGCCAGUUCCCACCACCAUUACUACCGACCGAGGAAGGAACGCGUUCGUUCAUCAUAUAUAUGCGUCCGUUCCUGCUCCUUGCCACCCGAAGCGCCGGCGGCUAUCCCUCUCCCACUUCUCCACCGCAGCGCCCAGCUAAGCAGCCAUCGCCUUCGUCUCCCCACCCAGCCACCGAACCCAUCCCCUCCCCUCCCUCGCUCCGCCUCCUCCUCUGAUCCGUCUCUACAUGAGUAAGCGGAGCGGCCUGCUCUGCGUCCUGCUCUUGUCGCUGGUGCUGCUGCUGCAGGCUGCCUCUCUCUGCUUGCCCGCGGCCGCAGGCAGCAACCGCCAGCUGGUCGUUGCUGCUGCUGCUGCCCGGAUUGGAGACGAAUUUUUGUGUCAAGAUCCGAUCGGGCGACCCAGCAGCAGCAGCGUCAUGUCCAGCAAUGCCGGCGACGAGCUCAGCAGCCCCCCCGCUGCCGCCUUCACCCAAGAGGGCUUCACUGCUCCUGCUGAUGCCUUCACCCAAGAGGGCUUCCUUGGUGACGAAGCCUUCUCAUCCGGUGACAGAUACCCAAAAGAAGAUGAAGACGAACUGCUAUCCGGUGAUGGAUAUUCAAGAGAUCCCGACAGAUCUGUUGAAGAAGAAGGGCCUCUAGGCGAAGAAGAGGAAGACGGAGAUGAUCUGAUGCUCAUCGUUAAACAAGGUGCUCAAGUUGAGCCUAGCAGCAACAACUAUGAAUUGCAUGGGAGCAGUGCCGACGUGCCGUGCCCCGAGUGCGGGAAGCUCUUCAGGAACGACAAGUCCAUGUUCGGUCAUCUCCGAAGCCAUCCCAAUAGGGGGUACAAAAAGGGUUCUGGUCAUCUCAAAAGCCGUCCAAGCAAAGGCUACAAACCACCUGCCAGGCCCAAGCCACUGCCGAGCCGCAACGGUAAACUGUCGCCACUGCCGAGCAGCAACGCUAAACUGUCGCAACUGCCGAGCCGCAACGGUAAUCUGUCGCCACUGCUGAGCCGCAACGGUAAUCUGUUGCCACCUGCCAACGACAGCAGUCGCGUGGCCAGGUACAGCCAGCGUGAUCCCGAAUUAAGUAGAUUUGAAGUAAUGAUGGCUUACGUGAUGCUCACGCUUAAGCAACGUGGUGAUGGGGUAGCGCAGGAUCAGUCUCACAAGAGAAAGCGUGAGUCCAGCGAACUAGAUGUUCCUGAAGAAGAUUUGGUAAGGAACAAAGCAGGAGAUGGUGUCGUGCUCGGUGAUAGACAUGGCACCUCUGUUGCUGAGAUGCUAGGAGAUGAUGUGGUGCACCGUAGCGAACAAGGCAGUUCCCUUGUGGAGAUGGCAGUAGAUGAUGCCGUGCUCGGUGAUAAACAUGGCACCUCUGUUGCUGAGAUGCCAGGAGAUGAUGCGGUGCACCGUAGCGAACAAGGCAGUUCCCUUGUGGAGAUGGCAGUACAUGAUGUCGUGCUGGGUGAUAAACAUGGCACCUCAGUUGCUGAGAUGGCAGGAAAUGAUGUCGUGCUCGGUGAUAAAAAUAGCACCUCAGUUGCUGAGAUGGCAGGAAAUGAUGUCGUGCUCAGUGAUAAACAUGGUACCUCAGUUGCUGAGAUGCCAGGAGAUGAUGCGGUCUACCGUAGCGAACAAGGCAGUUCCCUUGCGGAGAUGGCAGGAGCUGACGUGGUGCUCCCGAACGAGCACCACGGUUCUGUUGCGGUGAUGGCAGAAGAUGAUGUGGUGCACCGUAGCGAACAAGGCAGUUCCCUUGCGGAGAUGGCAGGAGUUGAUGUCGUGCUCGGUGAUAAACAUGGCACCUCAGUUGCUGAGAUGCCAGGAGAUGAUGCGGUGCACCAUAGCGAACAAGGCAGUUCCCUUGCAGAGAUGGCAGGAGAUGACGUGAUGCUCCCAAACGAGCACCAUGGUUCUGUUGCAGUGAUGGCAGGAGAUGCGGUAGUCCGCAACGAACAUGGCAAUGUCGAGGUACCAAGGAAGAAGGGGAGGAAGAAGUCCAAAGAAAGCACAGAGGCACGUAGAAAGGAGAAGGUGCCCAGUGCAAGCAUGGUCAAGCGUUCUUACACAUGCAAGCAAUGCAAGGCAGAAUUCCCCACACAUCAAGCUCUGGGCGGGCACAUGGCUGCGCACAACAAGGACAAGAGGAUCCAGGCCCAGAAUGAGCAAGCAGCAGCAGCAUGGGAGGCACAUCAGCACCAGAUAGACCGGAGUCUAAACAGGCUGGUAACCAGCAGCAUGAAACCAGCAUGGGAGGCACAUCAGAGCCAGAAAGGCCAGAACCCAAACAGGCAGGGAACCAAAGGUGGCGGCGAGGAACCCAGGCAAGGUGGUGGCAUGUUCAUGUCCACCAGAGAACUGCUUAUGGAACGCUACACCAAGCUGUUCAACCAGGGGUGGCUAUCCAGGCAGGAGGCUGGAGGAUCGUCCAAGAGGCAGCACACUGAGAAGGAGGAUGGUGGCUCUUCGUCGGUAGCGCCGCCCCUUGCGGAUGGAGGUAGGCGCAGGCCAUUUGACAUUGACCUCAAUGCCAUGGCUCCAGAAAAGGAAUAGAACAAACACAUACCUUUUGUGUGUUUUAGGAAAAAGAAGGAAUAAAUAAAGCCAUUCUGUAGGCAAGCAAAUUACCAUGUAUCUUGAGAGAAUCUUGUACUUUCACAACAAUAUUAUAUAAUGUCUCUCCAAAGCUAUA